GUCAGUUUUGUCUGUCAGGUUUGAGAAGUGGAAAUCCUUCCAAAGCACGGAUCUCUCGCAGAGGACAUAAUCCGGCCGAGCGUUCACUAAUGCGGCAGGGGAUCUGGCCGCCAGCCACCGAUACUAUGACGACGCUGUGUUUGCUCUGCGCACCGCAUGGGUGAUUUUCUUCCUAAAUCUCAGAGCCUUUGCUUUGGCCGGCGGCGUUCCUUGCUUACGCAAACACGCGGGCUGCGGAUUAAACUGCUUUAAGGAACUUUAUUUCCUCGUUCAGCGAGAGGCGACCGGAGCUCUGAGAUCCGGAGACAAAAGGCUCCGUCGGCGGUGGACGUCCAUCCCCGGAGGCUGGAAACAGAGGAGAGCUGGAAGGUGACGGCGCAAGGAAAGCUGGAAGACUGCAGAAUGCUGGAGGUGUAUGAGGAAGAAGGUCACUGAAGGUGUUCCCGGCAGCUCGUAGACAGAGAGGACAAGAGAGCGUUCCCACCAGUGAGGUCUCCGCAGAUUGACAGAUCCCAGCAAGAUGGAGGCCCCAGAUGAGAAGACGGACACUUUGGAUGAUGAGAGUAAUCUAGAGGGUGAAGAUUUCUUCAGUCGGCUCACAGAUGAAGAGAAGGAGUGUCUGCAAUAUCUGCUGGAGACCAUUGAUUCAUUAGACCAGGACGAGGACGAAAACGCAAAUAACGACCCAGAUGAGCAGUUGAGGGAUUCGACAGGACUUCAAGAUGUCGAUAGAAGUCGGAAAGGUUUGACAGAAGGUGUAAAGCAAUUGGACAAAAAGGAGCAUGAACCAAAGUUGUCUAAGAUGAAGAUUGUCAAAUCCUUCUCCGAGGACGGUCCAGGGUUAUCCAUCACCGUCACUCCGGACACAGGACAGAAGACCACCGGCUCUCAUCCAAGCCAUCUGAGGAAGUUUGACACCAUCAUGAGGUCAGGUGUCAAUGUCCAGCAGCUAAGAGCCCGAUUCAUCCAUCAACAAAGCAACUCUUCUUCCGAAGAUGCUUCCAAGGGAACAGAACUUUCUUUGGCUUCUAAACAACUUCCACAGGUCACACAUAAUCAGAUGUCUCCUAGACAAGAAGCUUUACAAAAAUUGGGUUUGCUAAAAAUUAAUCAAAGCGACACAAACACCCCUGAAGAGCUUCAUGGUAUGGACCAGGGCACAGCUGUAAAGAACUAUGAGAUAAACCACUCAAAAGUUGGGUCCAACGAACCUCUGUCUUUUGAAAGGAAACCAGGGGCUUUUGACAAAGUUUGGCCGCCCUAGUCCUUUUUGGUAUCUACUUUUUUAAUGAAGACUUGCCAUAGGUUGUACAGUAUAUUCACCAGUAUGGAGAUUACAGAUGAAUUUUAUAUCAGUUUUAAUGAUGUUUUGGAAGAAAUACUGGUACAGAAAUAUUGGUUACCUGGAGUCACCUUCACUUUUGCAUGACCAUUUCAGUCUAGGUGGUGGCAGACGCAUAAUGACAGUUAAUUUGCAUUUGGGCUAGCAGAGCACUCCUAAUGACCCACAAGCACUUAUGGGGUCAUUUAUUAAGACCGGGUUUUAGAUGCCAGUAUUAAUACCCCUUUAUCUGGCGAUGAAUGGAGAGCACUUCGCACAUGCACAAUGUGCUCUCCUUCACUUUUUUGGGCCCCGUUCUGGAGAUAGGAGCAGAUCCCAGGGGUGAGACCAAUGCCACCAACAGAUAGGAGCAGAUCCCAGGGGUGAGACCAAUGCCACCAACAUGUGAGAUAAGCCAACCCGCUUAAGCCCUUCACCACUUGCAGGCGCUCUAAGUGCUGGAUUAUUGUUACAGAAUAGAUUUCUGACAAGUUACAACCUUUCCAUAAUGAUUAAUUAUUUGCAACACAGAUCAGGCCAAUGAAGAAACGAAUGAAGUGAUCUGAUGAUACAUGAAUGAUAAUGAUUAUAAUUGGAUCAUUAAU